AACUCAAAUUGAUUGGGCCCUAACAACAUUUGCAUUUAAUUUGAUAAUAAUUUUAAAGCUCAGUUUUAGCAAUAAAUGUGUAAUAUCUUUGGAUUACACACGAGGGCGGUAACAUUGGGCAGUCGAUAAGGAAACGCAGGAAGCAGAUGCAAACGUGUGUAAUAGGUCAGUCACACUACAAAUAAAAUUAUGAAAACGAGAGAAAUGCGCGUAUUAACACAAGGACUCCUUUAACCGUGACAGAAUGAGUUGUCAAAGCACAGCUUCCAAUGAUAGAAUUACUCCUGUCCAGCAAAUGAUGGCAUCAUGUUCUGGGGCCAUUCUCACAUCUUUGUUUGUCACUCCCUUAGAUGUUGUGAAGAUUAGACUCCAAGCACAGAAAAAACCAUUCCCCAAAGGUAUUUCUCUAUUUUAUAUAUCUAUAAGUUUGGUUUGUUUCACUGUUGACUGUUAUAACUUUGAUUCAGGGAAGUGUUUUGUCUACUGCAAUGGACUCAUGGACCACAUAUGUUUGUGUGUGAAUGGAAACUCCAGGGCUUGGUACACAGCCCCUGGUCGCUUCAGUGGCACAGUGGAUGCUUUUAUUAAAAUAAUACGUUAUGAAGGAAUCAAAUCUUUAUGGAGUGGUCUUCCUCCAACUCUAGUUAUGGCAGUCCCAGCCACUGUAAUCUACUUCACAUGUUAUGAUCAGCUGUGCACGGCUCUGAAGGCACGGAUGACAGAUCAUGCACAGGAAGCUCCUUUGUUUGCUGGUGCAAUUGCUCGUGUUGGUUCAGCGACAGUGAUCAGUCCACUGGAGCUCAUUCGUACAAAGAUGCAGUCACAGAAACUGUCCUAUAGAGAGGUGACAGACUGUAUUCGAUCGGCGGUGGUGGCAGAGGGGUGGAGGUCGCUGUGGAGCGGUUUGGGUCCCACUCUCCUCAGAGAUGUGCCCUUCUCUGCCAUGUACUGGUACAACUACGAAAGAGCCAAAGCUUUUCUGUGUCAGCACUAUAAUAUCUCUGAGCCAACACUUAGUAUCAGCUUCAUAUCGGGAGCUUUGUCUGGAUCGUUUGCAUCAAUUGUUACACUACCUUUUGAUGUUGUCAAAACAAGAAGACAGGUGGAACUGGGUGAACUGCAAGCCAAGAACUUGUCGUGUCAGGGCUCGACUUUCAGAUGUAUGCGUUUGAUUGUGGCGGAGCGGGGCUUUUCUGGGCUGUUUGCUGGUUUUCUGCCCAGGGUCAUCAAAGUGGCUCCUGCCUGUGCCAUCAUGAUAAGCACAUAUGAGUUUGGGAAGGCUUUUUUCUGUAAGCGUAACCUGGAGAAGUCAUUACAAUCCAGCAACAUCUGAUUUUUAGAUUAAUUAAAUUUAAUACCACUCUACAAAACCCUAUCACUGACUACUAACAAUGUUAGGAAAAGAGAAAUAUGCCAAGAUCAAUAAACUAUGUGAAAAAAAACAGACAUAUUUAAGAAAUGUAUAGGAUUUAUUUAUAAUAGUUUUAUGUUCACAUUUAUAUUUUUUGUUGGACAAAUAAAUAUUUUCAUAUGUAAAGCAAAA